AUGGUACUUCCAACAUUACAAUCGCGCUAUGCUAUAAAACAAUUGCAAGCACCUCAACAGAUAAUACAACGAAAACAAGAAAUUGAAGCUGAAAAAAAAGCUCAAUGGGCGCAAACAGCUAAUUAUUUUAAAGCACAAACACGUCAUAAUUCCGUCCAUAGUCAUUGGACAUCACCUACUUCAGCUGUAAUCAGUAAUGAAGCAUACCGUGGUGAACAAGAUAAAGAAGAAAAAUUAAAUAAACUUGAACAACGACGUAAUCAUCUUGCUGCUAUUCUUGAAGGUGAAAAACUUCAAUUUCAGAAUGAAUUAUCAUCCAUUCGUCAAUCAUCAGCACGUGAAUCAGUUCCUGAUAUGAAAAUGCGUGCUGAAAAUCUUCGUUCAGCUCGAGAAAAAGAACGUAAAGCUGUAGCUGAUGAAAAAUUAUAUGAACAUUGGAUAGCAAAUGAUCCUGAUUUACGUUCAAUUGAACAACAAAAAUUACAAAAUUUACAACCUGAAAUUUGGUCGGAUCAACUUAAUGAAAAACGUUUAGCUCAACAAGAAGAAGAAGAAAUGAAUUUAAAAUAUCAAGAAGAAUUACGUCAACGUAUCAAUGAACAAGAACAAUUAGAACAAGAAGAACAAAAUGAAAGAAAAAGAAGAAUUGAUCAAUUAAAAUAUAUUUUACAAGAACAAAUGGAUGAACUUCGAGAUAAAGAAGAAGAGUCUGAAUUGUUAAAACAAGAAGAAGAACGUCUCUUACGUGAACAAUGGGAAUUAGAUCAAUAUGAAGAAGCAAAACAACAAAUGGAAAAACGUUAUGUUCAACAAGAUUAUGGUCGUCAACUUUUACGUCAACAUAAAGCAAAAUUACAUAAACGAGCUAAAGAAGUUCAAGAAAAAUUGGAAUUAGAUAUGAAAAUUCUUUCAUCAAUUGCUCAUGCCGAUGAAGAAAGUCGUAUCGAACAAUCUGAACAACGUGAACAAUUAAGACGUGAUGCAUUACAUAUGCUUCAACAAUUUCAACAACAAAUGAAAUUAGAAAAAGAAAAAGAACAAGAACUUGAUUCGAUGUUUCAAGAAGAAGCUGCUAAACAAUGGGCACGACGUGAACAAGAAUGGGAACAUGAAAAAGAAUUACGUGAGAAAUUGAUGCGACAAGUUAUGGAUGAAAGACAAGAACAAGUUAUGGAAAAAUUAAACGCAUUAAAAGAACAACAACAAGAAACAUAUGAAAAACGACAAGCACUUAUAGCUGAAAUGGAACAAGCAAGAAAAUAUGAUUUAAUUGAAAAACAAAAACAAAUCAAAGAAAGAGAAGAUAAGAAACAAGAUUUACAAAGACAAGUAUCAAUUGUAAAACAAGAACGAGCACAAUCUCGAUUGGAAUUAGAAAAACAAGAUGCUUUGGAACGAGAAGAUAAACGACAAAUGGAUCAAUUAAUGCGUCAACAAAAAGCUGUUAUUUCUGCUACAGCUGUAGAACCUAAAUUUUAUGGUCGUCGUCGAGCUAAUUGGAAUUAA